ACUGUUAUAAUGUCUGAGUCUACAAACGCUCAAACAAAUGCUAUCAAAUAGAAAUUGAUGGAGUACAUUGUGUACAAUAUUUAACGAGGAAAAUUAAUGAAAAAUAAAACGCGGAAGAUGAACUUUUCUGAGUUGCGCGAAGUCGACCAAAGAAUCCAUCAGCUGACAGCACGCAGGAAAUUACGCGUAACGCAUAAGACCGGACCAACUUUUAACAGUCAUGUUUAUCGCAAUUUUUCAAGAAUGCGACGUUAUCGAACUAGCGGUGACAAAUUCUUAAAUGAAGAUGAAAAUGUAAGAGAGCAACAAUCGCCUUUUGCUUUUCCUUCUUGUUCUCAAACCUUGUCCCAUCUUCAAUGGUGGAAAAUGCUGAAAAAGAAAGCGAUAUCCAAACGCGAUAGGAAAGUCUACAAGGAUCGACAUAAAAUUUUGCAAUCCCAUAAUAUUUUACAUGUUGAGAUAGAAGCAGAAGAAGCAAAAAAACACAAAGAGUUGGAUAAAAUGAUUGCCAUGACGGAUGUAGAUCCACAGUAUUUUACAGAAUUAUCCGGUAGACCUGUGAAAGAAAAGUUUUCAUUGAAAGAGUAUAUUCAAGAUAUAAGAGAGAUAUUAAAAACAAAACUUCUUAUUAGUCAAGAAAAAGAUGAUUGUAUUCGCAUCGAUCAACAAUUUGAGCAAGAGACACGUCGAUUACGACAAAUCCAGUAUCGCUGUCGGCGAUACGUAAGCGACUUCGAGGAAUUCCUAUCGAAAGAUCACGAGAAAAGUAUGCAAAUGCUGAAGAAAGCGGAAUGGGAAACGAAACUGACGGAAGAGAUUAGUACUCAAAAGAACGAGCUUGCGAAACAAUUCGGUCAGAGUAGGUUGGACAUUUAUGUCUUAGAAGAAAAUUGGAGAUUAGUAAAAAUGUGCCAGAUGUUCCUUUAUUGCGUGUCACCUGUCGCUUGGAGAACCAAGUAUGACUGGCAACAGUCUGAAUCAGAAAGGAGCAGUAUCGUUGAUAUUCCACUCUCGGUGGAUCUAUUUAACAGAUACAAAACACUAGAUGAAACCGCAUCCUUGGAGAAAUUGAUAGAAUUAUUCGAACAGGACAUUACUGAUGCUGGUCCGGCCGUGUUGUACUUCGAUGAUCCAUUCGAUUUAAUCCGCAUCUUCCGGGCAAUGGAGACCCAGCAUUUAAACGCACUCGUACAUCUCGAAUCCCUCGCCGUCCCGAUGGCAGACAUAACUAUGACAAUCACUGUGACUGAAGCGCAAAUCAAACGAGAAAUCAGCGAAAUUACUACAACAAUCAAUGAUUUAGAAAAUUUCAUCAUUGAGGCAGAAAAUAGAGCAGCAAAUCUCGAAGAAUACGCUAAUUAUCUUCUCCGAGAUGUUUUUCGACGUCUUGUCUGCUCUGAAGAAGUACUCUAUCUUCGCGUUUUCAUAGAAGAUACCUAUGAGAGUUGCAUAGAUUCGAACGACGCGAAUCUUGAUGGUUUUUCGAUGAUGAAAUGGAUUGAAAAAAUGCACGAGGAGCUUAAUCUCCAGCUGGAUAAUCUGCCACGUGAAAUUGUUCGUGCUUGUGAGCGGGAAGGAUUCCGUCAAGAGAUGAAGGUUAUAAAGCAAGCGGAGGACGCUGCAAGAAAGUUCGAACUAAUGCAUCGACUAUUGGAUGCUCUGAAGCGCCUUAUGGAACCACCUGCAAGCAAAAAACGGCCACUAAUUCGGCGUUCAGUACCGAUUAUAACCAAGUUGAAGCCGCCAUUACUUUCACCGAAACCGACGGACGAGGAAAUCCAAUAUCUCACCUUCUUCACCGAUUACUGCAGAUUACGCGAUGACUUCGUCACGUAUCGUUCCAAGUUUCCGGAUGAUUUCAAUUUGACUUUCCAGAGCAAGCGAGAUGAUAAGGAGAAAGAGGAGGAAGAGGAAACAACAGAAGAAAAGAGAAAAUGAAUAUACUAUUGAAAACGUAACAGAAUCAGCACAUUUAUUUGAAAAUUUCUCGUGCGUAUAUAUCCGAAAGGAUUCUAUCAGUCUAAUGCGCUACGCAUUGUCGAUUACUUAGCGCUAUUAAUAAUUAAUAUGUAUACAUAAAUAGGCGAUUUAACGAUCAAUGUUGAAGCACAAGAUAAAAUAUUCAGAGAUAAUAAAACACAACAAGAGGCAACUACAGCGUACAAUAGAAUUCGGGACGAUAGUCGAUAUAAAAACAACAAUCAUGCUUGAUAUCUUGAUUACAAAGCGCCAAUUUAUACAUUCCUUCUUAUAAACUUUAUAAGAAGACUACGAUAUACAUACACUUCACCUUCAAGUAUCUCUUUGUCUUUUUACACACGAGCAACUUUUUUAAAUAAAAUCUCUACUACUAGAGAUCACAUACAGAAUGGACCGAAAGUCUGGACAGUCGAAUAUCUUAUAAAAAAAGUAUUUUUGAGAAAAAUGUUUCAUAAGCUUGUAAAAUUUGAACAUCAAACGGCGAGACUUAUUUGAUCUCAAAUGUAUGGAGACGUUCUCAAAGUCAACUUUAAUUUUGAAAGUAAAUGUCACGUUUUUCAAUUAGCUGAUAUCGAGAUCUUUUUACUCCCUUUAAUUAAUAGAUCAAAUCUAAGCAGAAUCGUAAUUUAUUCCUGUAAAACUUGUAAAAAUUUAUGACUAGUAAAUGUAGUUGUAAUUUUAGGUACUGUAAGACGUACCAUUAUUCAUGAAUAGCUACAAUUUCUCGUAAAUCUUAUAGUUAGCAAAAAGUUGUGUAAAGUCUGUCUGUAAAGAUACUGGAUAAAGUUCUAAGCCAUUUGUAAGUCAGCCACUUCCAAGUCUGACGAGAGUGCUAUGAACCUUAUGAUUUAGUUUAGAACUUUCAGGUACCGCCAAUAUUAUUAUAACAUUAUUCGAGAUGUUCGAUCAAUAGCUCAAACCUCUUAAAUGUUGUUCGGAGUUAUGAUUUUGAUAAUGUUUGUCAAAAUCAAGAAAGUUGUUCCUCUCAUUUUCAUUUUUAACAUAAAAAUAAAAAGAAGAGAAAUAAUCUGCAAUGAUCUUGGCCUCCAGACUUUUGGUUCAUUUUGUUACACAUACACACACACACACGCGCGCGCGCGCGUAUGUAUAUAUUUAUAAAUAUGUGCGUUGCGUGUGCGCGCGCGUGUAUGUAUGUAUAGUGUCCCAGAAAAAGUAUAGGUCCUUUCACUGGCAGAUUUUGUAGAACAUUCUAGAUGAAAAAUCGUGUACAAAAAUAUUGAGACUAUAAUACUUUUUAAAUU